ACUGUAGAUAGACCACGUGAUUUGCAAAUUUUAUAAAUCUCGAGAAUGUUUGUAUCAUCGACGUGAUGAUGUGAUGGUUUGUGAUAAAUAAAUGUUUAUCAAAGUGACAGCGAUUAUGUUGAAAAGUCACUAUUGUGAACCGGUCGAGUUUGUUGCUGAAGUGCAAGGACUGAAUCAAAUCUCAUCAGAAUGGAAUUAUCAAUGCAAAUUACUCAAACUUCAAAGGAUCCAGAGACGAAAGGGUUUGAUUUGUCAGCUGGAAAUACUUGGGUUUAUCCGGAGAAUUAUCCAGUUCGCAAAUAUCAAUAUAAUAUAGUUGAGACUGCUUUAUAUCACAAUACUUUAGUUUGUUUACCUACUGGUUUGGGAAAGACAUUUAUUGCUGCUGUUAUAAUGUACAAUUUCUGGAGAUGGUUUCCAUUUGGAAAGAUUGUAUUUCUUGCACCGACAAAACCUUUGGUUGGUCAACAGAUUGAUGCAUGUUAUGAAAUAAUGGGAAUACCAAGUGUUGAUAUGAUAAAACUUACAGGUGCAGUUAAUCAGAAAAACCGUCAAAUAUAUUGGUUCAAAAAGAGAAUAAUAUUUGCUACUCCUCAAGUAUUUCACAAAGAUCUUGAAAAAUCAAUUGUACCCAGCCAUUUAGUUAAAUGUGUUGUUGUGGACGAGGCUCAUAAAGCUUUAGGGAAACAUUCAUAUUGUGAGAGUAUCAGAAUAUUAUCCACACAGAAUAAAUAUUUUAGGAUAUUGGCACUUUCUGCUACACCUGGAAAUAAAAUAGAUAAUGUUCAUGAGGUAAUACAAAAUUUAUAUAUCUCUCAUUUGGAAUUGAGAGAUGAAGAUUCAAUAGAUAUAAUACCAUAUGUUAAUAAGAGAAAAAUUGAUACUAUCUUGAUACCUCUCAGUAAUGAAUUGGCUCAGUUCAAAGAAAGAUAUAUUAUUAUUAUGGAUCGUCAUGUGAAGUUUCUUAUACAAUAUAACGUACUGCGAGGACAUACUGCAAACAUAUCAAAAGGAAGAAUAUUUCACUUGCUAAAUGAAUUCAAAGAAAGGACAAACAAAUCCGGAAAUUAUGGACAAAUUAUGAAAACUUUGAAUAUAUUAUUAACUAUGUAUCAUGCUUAUGAUCUUAUGAUUAGACAUGGAUUGCGAGCCUUUUGCAAAUUUUAUCAAAAUCAUUCUGAUAAAUUCUGGAUGAAUAAUGAAAAUCAGUUAAGACAACUACUUUAUGACAUAGAAACUUAUCUUGGGCCAUUUCCAGAUAUUCUUCCCAAUGGUCAUGUAUCUGAGAUGCCAACGAACAUUAUGUUUGGACAUAAUAAAUUUUAUAAAUUGAAAGAGUUACUUGAACGCCAUUUUAGAAAGAAUAAUGGCGAAAAUGCGGACACAAGAGCUAUAGUCUUUGUAGAAUAUAGGGAUAUAGUCAAUGAAGUCUACAUUUUGCUUCUACAAUCGAAACCAUUAAUUAGGCCGCAAAUGUUUGUCGGUCAAGCUAGUCAGAAACAGAAGCAGCAAAUAAAAGCAUUGGAAGAUUUUAGAAAUAAUCACGUGAAUGUGUUGAUUUCAACAAGUAUAGGUGAAGAAGGAUUGGAUGUUGGUGAAGUAGACCUAAUAAUAUGCUUUGAUGUAUCACAACAUUCUCCAACCCGGUUAGUUCAAAGAAUGGGAAGGACGGGACGCAAACGAGAUGGUCACAUAAUUAUUCUUGUUACAGACGGAAAAGAGUACGAGAAUCUGAAAUCCACACUCUCUAAGAGGAAUUCCAUAAACAAUAAGAUAUUAAAUACAAGCAAUAUAUUUUCCUCCUUAUAUCAAAGCAAUCCUAGAAUGAUACCGAAUCAAUUCACUCCAGAAUGUCACAUGAUGCAUAUUACUCCAGUACAGAAGACACCAAAUGUUAGUAGUAAAAGGAAAAAGAAAAGAGUCAACAAGGAAAACGAAGCAUCUAGCAUAAAACAAAAAGAGACAACAUCAAAUAAUGCAGGUGAAUCAUUAAUGAUGAAAUUUCUUACCAAUAAUAAAUAUGAGCAAAAGCAAAACGGUGCGUGUAAUAUCUACACAUUAACAACACAGAGUGGUAAUGUACAUAAUACAAUAGAUCCCAACCACGUCAAACUUUUAUCCGAUGAUAACGCAGGAAUCGAUUUCAUGACGUUAUGUGCAGUUAAAAAAUCAGAGGAAGAAAUAUCUUCCGAAAUUGUGCGUAAAAUGGAUACAACCUACAUUCCUGCAGCAAAACCAGUUAAAGAUCCAUUCAACUUUGUAAUACCUGAUAUACAAAUUCUCGAUUCUUUACCUCUCUUAAUAACAAAUUUAAUUAAUCAUCUACCAAAGACAGAGGAAAACCGUGAAAACGAAAAUAUUCAGAAUGAUAAUAAUCACAUUAGUAUCGACGAUGAUAACUUCUGGUGCACUAUUCCAAACAAGAGAAACAUUGAUACCGAUGAAGUAAGAUUCGAGGACAUACUGGAUGAUAGUUCCGACUCAAAUAUAACCAUAGUUUCAUUCGUGAGUCGAGCAAUUGAUGAAAUUGAGAUAGAUUCAGUUGAUACAAGUAAAGUUCUUUCAUCUAGUAUAAAAGAUAACAAUGACAUUGUGAUUGAUCGUGCAAAAACAGAACUAUCGGAUGAUAUACUCAAUAAAAUGGAACCCGGUAUGUUUGAAAAUAUUUUAGAUGACUCGUUUAGUUCAACUGAUGAUGAUUUAGAAACUAAAGAUACAGCGCACCCAAAUAUAGUAUCUUCAAACUUUUCAAACACCUCUGAUAAAAAUACAGAUGAUAUCAAUGCAGCUUCUGAAAGUAUUGCUGAUAUUUUUCUGGACGACACGAACGCUGAUGAAUUUAAUCAAAGCUUAUUGGCACCUGCGAAAUCAGUGGAACUCGAUCAAGCAAAUAAACCGACAGAAAACUAUAUAGAUGAUAUAGACGAAAUAGAUCUUAUUUUCAGUGAUGAUGAUAUCAUGGCUGAAUUUACAUCUGAUAAAUUUAAUAAGAGUAAAUCAAUACAUAAUUCAAAACCGGAAGAGAGCUUCUUAUCCAUAACUCAAGCUAUCGAAGAAAUAGCAAGGAUAAAAAAAAAUGUAGAGAAAUCGCCGGAACUUUGCGUAAGUAAAAGAGAUAGUAGUCCCGAAUGGAUUUCAACUGAUAACAAGCGUCAAGCUAGAAUCGAAAAAAGAAACACACGUUCGGGAUUAAAGGAUAAACUGUCUCAUAUCAAUUUCAACUCUAUCACAAAGUCAUACAACGCGAAACGGCACUUGGACUUUCAAGAUUCCGAUGAAGACUUCAUGAUCACAGAGGAUAACGUAAAGAAAUUCGACGAACUUGAAAGCAGUUAUUUUUGCCGUACAUCGAAAACUUCGAAGAACGGAAGUAAUCAUUUGCACAAGACGAACAACUUGGUAAACAAUAAAAACUACUUCGGUGAUACAUCGAAGAGCUUUGCAGCUGGAAAUAGCAACUUUUACAGCACGUCGAAAGAAGCAAAACUGCUCGGUAACCCGACAUUAGUCGAUAACAAGCGUUCCAUGUUAUCUCUGAAAAGAAGCAAAAAUCCGUGUUCGAGCACGAUAGAUCUGAGUGCUUUUAAAGCGCCUAGCAAAUGCAUUAACAGCAGACAAGAACAGAAUGCUUUGGGAUCCGACAUUAGUACAUCGAAGCAAAUAUCCUGCCUGAAUAGAGAAAUUACGCGGAAAAUCAGCUUUAAGCAUGAGAGGAAAAGACAGAAAAAUGAAUUUAUAGACGACGAGGCGCAGGCGAGUUCUAACGACAGUACUUCGGACGAAAGUACUUCCACGAUAGACGAGGAACUGCGAGAUUUUGUAAGCUACACUCAAAAUGUAGAGAAUCAAGUGGAUAUGGAGGCGCAUUAUUUGCAAACUGUUAAGAGUCCGAUCAGAAGACCCGGUGCAUUCCAUUUCAAGAAGCCGCGAUUACCUGAUCCAAAUGUGGAGAUCUAUUCGCAGUCUUUGUCACAAGUGCAUGACUCGUAUCUUUAUGAUUCGUUCUGCGUAAGAGAAGACGCUGAGGAAACGAGUGUAUUUCAUAACGAGUCGAUAUUGGAAGUAGCCGAGAGGAAAUUGGAAUGCAAUAAACGCAAGCGUCUCCAUUUGAAUAAGGAUAGUGCGAAGCAAAUUAACAAAAGGAAAAAUAUGAACAUCUUGAACAAGUCCGUAAGCAGCGAGGACGAGAUUGAACAACUACGUAUAGAAGUGCAAGAAGACUGAUUUCCGGUGUUGUGAGUUAACGAAAUUGUAUUGAACUAUGGUCCUUUUUGAUGAUAUAAUUAUGGUGAGAAGCUUAUUUUCUUAUAUACAAAGCGUGUAUAUAUCUCGCGUGAAUAUCUAUUAAAGAUUAAAGAUGUAUUUUUAUGCGGUAAUGUUUAUAUAAAAUAAAAUUGUUUAUAACUUUAUUUUUAAAUCAGCUUAUCUUUAAUGCGAUGAUGGUAUUUUUAAGAAAAUAUUAACUAUACUUUGGGAUAAUGAUCUUUGUAAUUCGUCUAGUUCAAAUUUUUGUUUCAUCUAGCGAGUUGUAAUGUUGUCCGAUUUAUUUGUUGCUUAGUGCACAAUUGAUAUAUUGUAGUCCCAUCAAUGAUAUUAAAUUAAAGCUGAAUA